AUGUCUCGAGUCGGCCCCUACUGUGUGUUUGACGACUUCCGCCUGCCUCCAAGUCCCCCGCCCAUCCACCCGUCGCCUCCCGAGGCCAAGCGACCCACGCCCCAGAUGGAGGAUCCCAUGCUGUCCAGCGACUUCCCCUUCGCCAACAUGCGCGGACCGUGGCUCACCACCGCCGGCGACGACAUGCCCCUCACCGCGCCCGCUGACGACAUGACCAACUGGAACGAAUGGAUGCAGUACGAUCCCGCGCACGCGUCUCAGAACUCCCAGAACGUCGACCCCAAGCCCGCGAAUCCGCAGGGGCCUGCCGCAUAUCUCAGCCCGGAUCAGCAAACUUCUCCGCCCCAUCUCCUUCCUCACCAACAGUCCCAAUCGCUGCAAUCCAACACCGUGCCGACUACCGCCCCCAUGUUCGCGCAAUCCCAUGGCGUCCCCUUCACCUUUGGCCAGGGCGCUGACAUGCCGCCGGCCUUUGACUUCAACAGCGCUGACCUGAGCUCUCCACUGACGGCUGAGAUGCAGCAGCAGCACGCCUACUACACCUCCCAGCAAUGGCAGCAGCAACAACAGCAGCUGGCUGAAAACACCCUCUUCUCCCCCACGCAGUUCGACCAAACUGGCUUUGUCGCACCGCCCGCCUCCACGCCCAGCCUCCACCACAGUCCCACCUCGCUGACCAACGGACGAGCCAGCUCGACCUCGUCGCAUUCAUCACCAGAGCCUGCGACGAACAAUGCGCGCAAGAGAAAGUCACUGGCCGACUCGGAGGAGCUCGACGACGAUGCCCCGUCGAGCAAGAAGGGCGGCCCGCCCAAGAAGACCGCCCACAACAUGAUCGAGAAGCGCUAUCGGACGAACCUCAACGACAAGAUUGCUGCUCUUCGCGAUAGUAAGUCAUUUCUCCAUGCGCAGUUGACACUAGCUGAUUGA